AUUUCGUAAGUCUAUGUGCGAAAACAUAUUCGAAGAUGGCGUCGCUCAUUGACAACUACGAACAACAAUACGCUGUUUUGACAGCUGACAUCACUGCGAAAAUUGGGAGAAUAAGAGUUCAAAGCGGUAGUGAGAAAAGAGCAUUUAUUCAAGAUGUUGAUCGGGAAAUCGAAGAAGCACAAGAAUUGCUUGAGCAAAUGGAAUUGGAAGUUCGUGGGAUGAGUGGAAGUGCCCGUGACCGUUUACGUGGUCGUGUGGAAAGUCAUAGGGCAGAAUUAAAACGAUUAACGCAAGAAUUUCAAUCAGCGAAAAGACCAAAAGAGGAUGUUAUUGAUAUAGGUGCGGAAGAGUCAUGGGAGAGCAGUGUAACAGAAGAUCAAAAGAAAAGAUUAUUAGAUGCUUCUGACAAAAUAGAUAGAACUGGAAGAACAUUGCAGAAUGGUUAUCGCAUGGUAUUAGAGACUGAGGAAAUUGGUUCGCAAGUUUUAAAAGAUUUACAUGAUCAAAGAGAAACGAUACAGAGAGGUCGAGGAAGGUUACGAGACACAGAUGCAGAACUAGGACGUGGAUCUCGCUUAUUAUCAGGGAUGAUUAUGCGAAGUCUUCAACAAAGAUUAAUUUUAGCAGUAGUAGCCUUAGCAUUAAUAAUAGUCAUGUGUUUUGUGGUGUAUUAUAGUUUUAAGUCUAAGAGUUAAGAAAACAAGGAAAAAAGAAAGAAAAAAGAGAACAAAGAAACAAAACAAAAAGCAAAUAUAGAGCUUUGUGUUCAACGGAUCGAUUGUAAGGCAUAUUUAUAAUAAUUAGUAAAUUUGCGAUAUUAUUUUUACCAAAUGCAACACAAUUGUUAAUAGAUAAUUAUUAAAUUAUAAAAGUUACACGCGCGUACGCGGAAUGUCGUCUUAAUGUAAUUCCAUUCUUUUUUUCUUUUUUUUUUUUUUUUUUCACAUUGCUUAUAAUAUUCUGCGCGCAAUUGUUAUUUGAUAUUGUAUCGAUAGUAAAUUAUAUAUCUCAGAAUUUCUUAUAUUUAUGAAUGUAUACAAUAACAAAAAAGUUCCAACAAUAUCUUCUGAUUGAGCGCAUUUCCAAAAUUAAUAAUAACAGUUCAUGAUAGGCACUUUUGGCACGUUGUUAUCGUGAAAUAAAAUAGGGGUGGGGGGAGAGGAAAGUUUUUUCUCUUUUUUUUCUUUUUUUUUUCUUUUUCUUUUUUUUUUUUUUUUCUUUAAUCUAUGAUCAGCUCUAUCAUAUUAUAGCAACGUGAUUGGCAAAUUAAUUCAUUGAAAUUUUUGUAUAACACUUUCAAUAUAAUAAUUACUGUAUAUAAGUUCAUUAAUUUUCACUCUCUAUUUUAUUUAUUGCAUAUUUUAGAAAUCGUUCAACUUUAUCAUAUAUCAAUGAGCUAAUCAAAAAUCAUAAAUAAUCAUUAAUUUUUCAUUCUAAUCUACAAUAAUAAUGCAUUUGAUUCUUCUGUGUUUUCUUCUAAAUAUAUACAUAUAUAUAUAUAAAUAGAUAAAUAUAUAUAUAUAUAUAUAUUUCAUAUAUAUAUAUGAAAUUCUAACUUUUAAAACAAAAUAUACUUUUGAUGAGAAAAUGACGAAGAUAUAAAUAUAAAGCAAUGACGUAUCAUAUAAUAUUGUUAGCAUUCAUUAAACAAACUUGACAAAAGAAAACACUAUUAAAUAGAGAUAGAUAGAUAGAUAGAGAGAGAGAGAGAGAGAGAGAGAGAGAGAGAGAGAGAGAGAGAGAGAGAGAGAGAGAGAGAGAA